GUUCGGCAACAGUUGAAUACCUGCCUCCGCUUUAUUCUGGAAGAGAGGAACGUACCUUCGUCUCCCGCUAAGCCCUCAGUUGAAGUCCUUGAUUCUAGGCUGACUGAAUGUAGCUGCAGCAUUCAAGGACAUUCCUGGGACUGUUGGAAGAAACAGAAGCACCUUAAGGAAGUGGUUGAAUCAGAGCAGCAGACAUCGCUGAAGCUGCUGCUGUCCGAGCUGCAGUCUCUGCUGUCAGCUGUGCUGCAGGAUUGCAGCUGUGAAGCCUGGCGUUAUCUGCAUGCAGUACUGGGCCUGUUGCCUCCAUAUCGUGAGAUGCUAACUGGUCAGCUCGAGUUGCUGCCUUUACUGGAGCAACUGUACUGCUGGGCACCCAAGGUCCAAUCCCAACUCCACCUGGAUCUGCUAGAUGCCAUAGAUAAGGCCUUUCCCCCAGAUACCUCUUUAUUACACAGUUCUUCCCAUGUUGACUGCCGUCCCUGGAUGAAGAGGUCUCAUCGAGGGCCUCCAUGCCCAGCAUGCCCUUUUGUGAAGGCCCGGUGGGGCAAACAACAAAAGCAGGAACUAGCCACGUGGCUGCGACCAUUGACACUGCCUGAGCUACAGCACAGCCUGGGCAUUGUUGGUGUUGAGGUGGCCCUAGAAGAGACCCCGUGGCUGAAUAGCCUGAGUCUCCUGCCCUUGGCACUAGCGACAGACAUUCCUGUACAGUAUGGAAGCAGCGAUGCUCACCUCGCAGAAGGGGAGCCUGCUGCGAGAAAGUCUCAGCGUGCCUCUGAAUCUCCUGAGGAGAAGGCCUUCAAGAAGAAAAGUUCUAAGACUUCCUUACUGAAAAGUAAAGUGAAAUCCCUUCUGAAGACAGACUGGUACCAGAGGAAGAUCCACUUCCUCUACCUCAAUGUGGCUCCUGACCGGUACUUUAAGCCUUACAACCUGGUAGUGGUGCCACCGAAUCAGGUGAAUCCCGAACACUACAUCUUCUCUCCCUUUGGGAUCCUGCAUGUGCAUCCUGUGGAGGGCAGUGAAACCAUGACACUGGGUGCCUGGCAUCGCAACUCCACCAUCUGGCACGAGCUCCAGCGCAUUCCAUUCUUUAAGAAUUGCCUCUUGCAAAAGGCUUUGACCUGCUGGAAGAAGAAUGUGAGGCUGCACGGACUGCACCGAAUCCAGACUUUCCUGAAGAGUCAUCUGCUCUUGGCUGUUCCUCACUUUGGAGCUGGGCUGCUCCAUAUUAGCAGGCUUCUUCAGGAGCUUCGUUCUGUGUCCUGGCUACCCAAGGAGCCAGAUAAGAGCUUUGAGCUUAUGGACCUGCAGAAGACAAUAGCCAAAGAGAAUCACAGGGCUCUGAGAGUGUUCUGUCGCUUUCUGAAUCUCUGCACAUCCAUCCUUCAGCUGGUUCACGAAGACACAUAUCAAAUGCAGCAGGGCCUGCAGGAAAGAGUGCAGAACUGGAACAGGAUCAGGAAAGGCCAAGGCUCUAUAUACCUUCAGAGGGUGUUGUGCAGGCAUCUGGAGAAGAAGCUGAAGCAGGCAGAAACAUGGUUGCUGAAGCUGGGAAAGUUUGCCCGCAUGAUUGACUACAUGAUUUGUCAGAAUCUUGUUUCCAUCUUAGAAGAAGAAAUAACUUCCUUUAUAGCCAACACCAUGCAAGUCCCAAGAGAAAACCCCUUUCUCUUAUCACAGCUGGUCUUUGAUGACAAUGGCCGGUUGUCUCCUAUGCCUUCUGUUGAAACUAUCAUCCAGAGUCUUACUAAAGGCCUGCAAGCUGUCAAGACCUCUGCCCUAAAGGUAGUGCAGUCUACAGACAUGAGAACCUCCAUGGAUCCCCUGAAUUCUGAAGAUGGUAAAGACCAGGACUCAAAUGCAGAAUUCCUGAUGCCCAAAUUUCAUGGAAAGUCCAGCGAUGCUGUUCACCUCUUCUGUGGCCCAAAUGUAGGAUUUGUGUGGCCCUGGAAGUCUCAUGCAAUUACUGAUGUCCUGGAGGUCCGUGGGCACCGACUUCGGGGUCAGUAUCUACACACCAAUUAUAAUCAUGUACAGGAGGACUUGGACAACAAUAUUAGAAUCCAACAGGCACUGGCUGUACAACAGACACUGCUGGAGGACAUGCUGCAGGAGGUUCGGGAAUUCUGCAGUGAACAGCAGUGGGUGGAAGGCAUCUAUAAGUUCCUGAAAGCUUGGGAUCCUCAGAAGUUAGAGGACCUGAGAGGCUCCCCCAUUAAGGACUAUGUAGUACUAGUCAGCCAGCUGAAAGAUUGGCAGGAACGUGUCUCCAAUAUGCCUGUCCAGUUGCUGACAAAAGGCAAAUUGCUGCUCCUGAGUGGCCAUGAUGUUCAAGCAGAGUUGGAAUCCAAGUUAAGCAGCAUGAGGAAAAACAUUCUUGCCCAAGUGCAAAGUGAGUGCUGGAGCCGUAAUGGACAACUGAUGACAGAGAUGACAGAUUUCUUGCAGGCCUUCCAGACCAUCAACUCAGACAUCCAUGCCAUUGCACAAUGCUCCCAAAAGUUGAAUGAAGCCAAUGAGCAAUACGGACAGCUGGAGGAACGAGUGGAAUAUGUCCGAUCACUCCAUGACCUCAUCCGCAACCACUGUGGCCUUUUUAUGGCUGAGAAUGAGACGCUAGACAUCUCGCUUCUGGAUAUAUGGGAGACUUUUCAGUUUGAGAGAAGCCAGGCUUCCGAGUUCCUGCUUAGUAAGCGACAUUCCAUUGUACCCAAGCUGCAGCAGUUGAUGGCAGCAGCAUUGACAGAGUUGGAGGACCUGUUGGCAAAAGCACUGUCUGGUUCCUUCAUGGACCCUUCACAAGAACAGAGGAGCACUGAGCAACAGCUUGCUGCCUUGGAGCACCAGUUCUUGAACACACUCAACAACUUCAAUGACCUACGCUAUGCUUACAACACCUUCACGGGGGAUGAGUGUACUAUGUCCCCACCUACUUCUGGGAACCGGCCUAUUAUACAGCAGCAGCGCAUCUGGAGGCUCUACCGAAUCAUCUCUGAAAACUUCAGUGAGUGGAAGUGCAUGGCUUUUACCAAGUUUAGUCUUUCUAUGGCCCGGGAGAAGACAGAUGCCUGGCUGACAGAGGCUGCACGGCUCAGCACCACCCUGGGGUUGCACAGCCCAGUGCUACAACGCUGCAUGCGCAUGCUUGAGGACUUUCGAAACUUCCUGCCCUUGCUCACCAAGCUGGGCAGCCUCCAGCUUCAGAACUUUAACUGCCAAUCCCUCUUGAGAGUGUUAGGGCUGGGCGGUCUGCAAAGCUUCGACCUUAUCACACUGGGCCAGCUGCUCAACUGUCCACUGCUGGAAUUUGCAGACAGAAUCAAUCAGGUCUGGCAGUAUGAUAAGGAACGAAUUCAUGCCCAAGAAAGCCUUCAGCAGAUGCAGCAGUACUGGGAGGGGCGCCAGCUACGCCUUCUCAACUUCAUCCUGCAUGUGCCCUACAAACCCCCAGUCUCAGAACGUUCCAAGAGGCAGGCAUUUCGAAACUCCCAGUGGGAGUUGGUUGGCAAGGAUAGUGGCACAUUCCUCCUCUCCGACUACAGCAGCCUGCAAGAUGCCAUCCAGAACAGUCUUCAGGCACUAUUCAAGAUCCUAGCCAUCCAAAAGUCAGGAGAGUUGAAUAAAAUAGCUUUAGAGUGGGUGUCCAUCAUGUACAGCCUAGGUGCCCUACUGGAGGUGUGGGUGGCUUUCCAGCAGAAGUGGAUUUUUCUAAAUAAAGUUCUACAUGAGAUGAAGAUCCAGUUUCCUGGUGCUGAGCUGAAUGCCCGUUUCAAAGUCAUGGAUGAUCAGUAUCGGACCCUAAUGCGAAUCUCUGUAGCUGACCCAAUGGUUCUGUCACUAAUAGUGCCCAAUGCCAAGAGGAGCCCUUACUUUCAAGGUCAGCAUCUACAACAACUACUUAAAGCAGGAUCUGUGGAGCUGGAGGCCAUCAUCAUGGCUCUGGAGGAUGUCCUCUAUGGGGUAUGUUCCCACUUCCCCCGCCUUUUCUUCCUCAGUGACAGUGAACUGGUGGCCCUGCUUGCUGCCCCUCUAGAGACCUGUGAGGCUCAACCAUGGGCACAGCGCUGCUUUCCUCACAUUAAAGCUGUGGACUUCAGGUCCAACCCAAUUAAUGAGAAAAGCAAGAAUGACCAGGAGCCAAGCUCGAGUACACAGACUCCAGUGGAGACAAUUGCUGUGCUAGGGGCAUGUGGAGAGAAAGUGAAGCUUCAGGGUCCUCUUCCUCUACACCCAGAUCUUCCUAAGUGGCUAGCCUCUUUGGAGAAGUGUCUGCGUUUUGUAAUCGUGAACUUGCUGCAGAGCUGUGUCGCCACCCGCCUUGCUCAAGGCCCAUCCCUAGUUAAGGCACUGAAGGCACUGCCUCAAGAGAGAAAGGUGCCCAUGCAGCUCUAUGUCCAGCACUGGCUAGAUGCAGUGGAGGCUUUUCCAUGGCAGUGCAUACUGGUGGCAGAGGAGAUAGUGUGGCGGGCUGAGAUGGAGGAGCUUCUGUCUGAGUGGGGGACCAUGCGGAUGAUUCCCAUACAUGUACACAAGCUGGAAGUGCUGGUGCAGUUUAUACGAUCUCAGAGGAGCUCCCAGGGUGAGCACCCUCUGCCUUCUGUUCGCCAGACUAGCCUAUUCAGUACCCUGCUGGUCAUGGCAGUGAAUCAUCGGGAUGUAGCACAGCUCCUGGGAAAGCACCGGGUCAGCGAUCUGACAGACUUCCACUGGGUCCGCCAACUUAAGUAUCACUUGGGUUCAUCUCACUCAAACCCCAAGGGGCCCGUGCAGUAUCUUAAGACUGUUGCAUCUGCUGAGCCCUCUCUGUCACCAGCUGUAUGCUGGAUAGAUGUGCUUGGCCGGUCCUUCAUAUACAAUUAUGAGUAUCUGGGACCCAAACUGGGGCCUCUACCCAGCCUGAUGCAUGAGCGGCAAGUGUUGGUUCUCUUAUUGGCCAUGGAGGAGGUGGCCUGUGGGACCCUACUUGGCCGAGAUGGUUUGGGCAAGUCAGAAACAGUAAAUAGCCUGUCAUGGGCCCUGGGCCGCCAACUGGUAAUGAUGCCCUGCUUGCCCCAGAUAGAGUUCCGAUGUCUGAGCAAUUAUUUGAAUGGUGCCCUUCAGGGUGGAGCCUGGCUGCUGUUGGAGAACGUUCACCAACUGCCUCCUAGCUUGCUCUCUGCCCUGGGCCAGCGUCUGGAUGAACUACACCAUCUUUAUGCUCCAUUGUACCAGAAAGCUUCCCAAAACAUCAGUACCAUAAACCCUACUAAGCCCCUAUUCAUUGGCGCUGGUUUCUUUGAGAAGCACCAUGUGUUCAUGCGCCUUGGCUAUGGCUGUUUCCUGACAUUUCAUGCCCUGAGCCCUGAUGUGCCUGCCAAUCUGCACCUGCUACUGCGUCCUGUGGCCUUGGCACUGCCUGACCUGCACCGAGUGGCAGAAGUUUACCUGCUGGGAGCAGGGGUGAAGGAUGCCUCCCGAAUGGCUACUCAGCUAUCCAAAUUAUUCUCCUUAGAGCGUGAGCUAGUGUCUGGGACCUUGCCCUGCCGCUUGUCACUGCUCAAGCAGGUGCUGGAAGAUACAGUACAGACGCUAAAUGCACCUGUGGAGGAAAACAAUUCCGAGCAGCCAGACAACCUAGCUGCGCCUGAGGAGGCUGCCCUACUGCAAGCCCUGCUGCACUCCCCGCUGUUCAGCAUCCUUGAUGGGCUCCGCCUGCAAAAGCUCCGAGAGCUGCUCUGUGGGAUUUUCCCUAACGCUAGUCACAUGCUGGCGGAACCUGUGACCCAUAGACUGAUGAGGUCUGUAGUGGUGGAAGAACUCCAGCAGGUAGGCCUGCUUCCCACCCCUAACGUAUUAAUGUCUCUGGAGCAGCUCAGUCAGGCCCUGAGCCGGGCCUCUGGUAUUCUGCUCUUGGGCCCUGCAGGCAGUGGCAAGAGUAGUUGUUGGAAGAGCUUAUUUAAGAUUCAGAAUCGGCUGGCAGCCAUGGAACAAACCUCAACCCAGGGUUUCCAGUCUGUGGAAAUUGCCCACUUAUAUCCUAGCGUGCUCAGCUCCCAAGAAUUCCUAGGGUGGUCAGAGGGUCCCUCCUGGCACUAUGGCAUCUUCCCCAAGCUUCUUCAUGCUGCCCCUCAUUGUAAGAAUGUGAACUCAGAAGAGCAGUCAGAGGAAGUCACAAGGAUCCAACAAUGGAUAGUAUGUGAUGGGACCCCUAAUCCUACAUGGAUAGACUCCAUCACUUGUCUCCUAAGUGACCCUCCCCAGCUGAGUCUCCCUAAUGGUCAACAGAUAGCACGACCCCUGAGUACCUUUUUCUUGAUGGAGGUGGCAGAGGCAGCAGGCAUGUCUCCUACAGUGGUAGGCCGGUGCGCUCUAGUCUGGUGUUGUGGGGAGCAGACAUGGCAGUGCAUGCUUAAUGUCUUGAUGGCAUCCCUGCCUCAUGAAUACCAUCUGCAGCAAGAGACAGUCAUUGAGCUCAACAGCUUAGCUGAAGUACUGGUGCCUGCAAUGCUCAGAUUCCUUACCCGCAUAGGUGCCAGUUCUCUGCUACAGGUACAUGGGCAUCAGACUGUUUGCCCAGGUGUGGCGGAAGUUGCCAGCCUGGCCCGCAUCUUGCGUGCUCUGCUUGACCCCCAUCUACGCUUAUAUGAAGAGGAGAAGCCACGUGUUCAAGAGAACUUUAGUGGCAGCGAUCUUGCAACACAAAGCUUCAAAUCUUCAAAAAGCAGGGUCCAGUCUGACAGCGACGGCAUGACUAAAAAGCAGAGGAGACAUUUGCUGGCUAUCAGCAGCUUUCUUUUCGCCACAAUCUGGGGCUUUGGAGCACACCUUCCAUCCAGGCACUGGCCUCUCUUUGAUAACUUCAUGAGGGAUUUUAUUAGUUCCCUAUCCAACUACCCUGAGCCACCUCCUUCAGCCUUGGUGUUUGAUCUACAUGUAAACCUUGAAGAUGGAACACUGGUCCCCUUUGCUGGCCAGUACCUGAGCAGCUGUGUCAAAGGAAACCUGGGUACUUUCCAGCCCUCUUCCCAGACCGAACGGCUUUUGUAUGUGGUGAACCUGCUUCUAUCAGAUGGACAGCCAGUGCUGCUUGCUGGAGAGAUAGCCACAGGGAAGUCAGCUUUUGUGGAGGUGCUAGUGGAGCCAAGUCACCCUUCCAUCCACAGCCCCAUUCACUCUGCUUUAAGUUCUGCCCACCUUCGUCACGUGCUGAGCAGAGGGGUCCACGGUCAAACACAAGCCACCGGCUCAUUCCUGGGGUAUUACCAGGAUUCCAAAGGCUCACUCCUUUUCCUGAUGGAAGAUCUGCACCUGGCUAGUUCUGACCCAGAGAAGAGCUGCCAGCCAGUGCUGGAGACUCUGCGCCAGGCAAUGGAAGGCACCAUCUACACUCGAAACACCUUGGAAUUACAGACGCUGCAGCCUACAGUCAACUUCCUUGCCACUGCUACAGUGCCAGGCUACUCUGAGCGCCCACUCUGUCCACGUCUCUUCCGACUCUUCACAGUGCUGGCCCUGGACAACAUGAGCCAGGACAGCCUUUUGAGAAGGCAUGUACCUAGUAUCCAAGCCUGGCUGGAGCGCUUCCCCUCUGUGGAGCGGGAGCACACUCUGGCAAGAGCCCUUGUCAGAGCUUCCGUGGAGGCUUGGGAGGCUGUGUGCAACUGCUUCAUGCCUUCCCCUCUCCGCCCACAUUACCGCUUUUCCCUGCAUUCUGUGAGCCACAUUCUGGAAAGCCUGCAGCUGCUGCCUACCAGAAUUGGCUCACGAGGUUUUGCAGAUUCUUUUCAUCACCAGGAGCAUCUGCGCCGGGUGUCCGGCCUACGUGGAACUCGCCUGACUAUUAUGAUGUCCAUGCGCGUUGUGGUGCGUCUUUGGUUACAUGAGGCACAAAGGACAUUUUGUGACCGGCUGAACAGUGAUAGGGAACGUUCCCAUUGUGCUAAGCUGCUUCUAGAAAUAGCUCAGAGUGUCUUCUGUUGUGGGCCAGAGUCUCAGCCCUUGGUCAAGGACUUUGAGGAGGAAGUGGAGGAGGAAAAAGUGCCCGAAGUAGAAUCAGAAGGAGAAAUAGCCCAGUGGGAGGACCUAAGCAGCAGUGACAGUGAAUCAGAGGAAGAAGAGGACCCGUAUGGUCUUCAGGUCACCACAGGCUCAUUCCUCGGUGAUAGCAGUCUAGCACCAUUACCCCUAAGACUGGUAAACAAGAACACAGGAAGUGUAAGUCAGAUGGCAGAGCAGGAGGAAGAGAUAACAGCUUCUUUUGGUAAGCUCCAGUCAGAGACACCCAAGAGUGAGUGGCAGACAGCAACCCAAAUGGACUUUAGUUUACCCUUGUUGCUACCUGUGCUGUUGUUCUAUCCCCAGGAGAAGCCCUCAGACCUAGUGUUCAGUCUGGAACUUACACUAGGAUCUAACCCCGAGAGCCCCAACUUGUACUUGGAGCGGCAGUGGGAAACUCUGGAAAAGCAGUUGGCUGCCUCAGCUGUCCGCCUGAAGCUGAACCCUCACCUCACUCAGGGCCACAUGAUGACCCAGCAUGUGGCCCGCCUGGUCCGAGUUCUGGCUAGGCAUCGGCAGCAUGGCCUGCUGCUCUCAGUGACUCGGGGUACUGGGCGCCAUACAGCCAUCAGUCUGGCUUCUAGCAUUUGUCAGGCUCACCUCUUUCACCUGCCAUCUGAGUCCGAGGAAGCUAUUUUCCAGUGUCUCCGAGAUGCCAGCUGGUGUGCUGGAGUAUUAAACCAGCCAGUGGCUCUUCUGGUGCCUGAGACUGUGAAUGUUGCUAUCUUUCACCGGCUGGUGGCCCUGGCAACCUCAGGUAGCUUUCCUGACCAGUACACAGAGGCAGAUCUGGAUAACAUCGAAGAACAUCUCCCCAAGGAGAACCCUGUGGUCAAACCCAUCAUUAAGAAGGACACAGUAUUGCAUAGGUUCUACCAGCAAGUAUGUAGCAACUUGCACAUGUUCUUCUUGAUGGGAGAUGACCAAGCCCAAAAGCAGCUGCCCUCCACUCUUUUCCUGAAGCUCCUUCAACUGACCAUUGCCAAUGUUGACCGCUAUGAACCCUGGGACCAAGCUUCCCUCGUCAGGAUUGCCCAAUACCAUCUAGAGGAUGCUCAGAGUCUACCUCUUGAUGAUGGCUCUUUAAAGUGCCCAGAUAUCAAGGCCUUCAUUCCUAAUGUGGCCAAAAUCAUGGCUCUCAUCCACCUUUCAUCUGCCUGUUAUCAUCAGCAUGUUUGCCCUGCAUUGCCACUUGUCACGCCUAAGACAUUCCUGGACUUCUUGGACAUGUUCCUGCUGCUGCAGCAGCAGAUGGUCCUGAAGAUGAGAAUGAAGGCCCGGCGUAUCCACUCUGCCCUAAAGACUCUGAGGCUGUUGGUUGAGAGGCACAGCACCCAAACUAACCUGCUAAGUGACCUGGAAAUGCGGCUAAAAGGCUCCUAUAAGAAUGUUGGGAUGUAUCAAAGCCAGCUCGAGGAAAGCAAACUCCUAUACAAGCAGAAGAUGGCAGAAUGCCAACACCAGGAGAGCCUCAUUGAAAAUCUUGUCAAGCAGCAAAAUGCCCUCCAGGCUCAACAGGAGGCUUUCCUGGAGCAGAUGGGCAAGGCAUUUCUAGGUCCUUUGAGCCAGCUGCAGGUAGCUGACUUUGAGGAGAUAAGAAGCUAUCGAGCCCCUCCAGACUCUGUAGUCCAGGUGACGGAUGCAUUGUGUGAAUUGUUUCACCAUGAGACGGGAUGGGCCAAUGCCAAGCAGCUGUUAUGUACUGAAGAUUUUUAUCAGGAACUGAUAUUCUUCCCCAAGGAGAAGCUGACUGACUCAGAGCUGAUAAAGCUAAACCAAGCUCUGAAAGCUCCAGGUAUGAGAGAUGCAGCCUUGAGGUCAGUAAGCAUCCCUGCAGCAAACCUGGCCAUUUGGCUCUGGGCUGUUCUGCGCUACGGGCUGGCACAGCGCCGGGGAUUGCCCACUGGCCUGCUGCUGCGGCAGGUGGAGGCAACAUUGGCUCGGGAGCAGGUCCGUCUAGGCAAGUUCCAGUUUCAGGCCCAUGAUCUGCUGGAGCAAAUUUUGUCUCUUACGAAGAAGCUAGAAGAUGCCCUAGCCUCUCAUAACCUUGUCAUGGAGACCUUCAAUCAGGCACAAUGUGGACAGUAUCACAAAUGGCCUAUGAAGUCUGCACUGCUCACACCCAUGCACAUGUGGACCAAACAGCUCCAGAAGAUGAAGAAUAACUGCAAGACUGUGUUUGGAGAUGCCCUCUUGUGUUCAGCUGCUAUUGUCUAUCUGGGUCCCUUCCCACCACAGCGGCGCCAAGAAUUGUUGGAAAAAUGGCUGUCUCUGUGUCAGGGCUUUGAGGAAGCCCUGGAGCCGGAUGAUGUGGCACAGACACUGAAACAGAAAUCUGUUGGGGUGCCACCAAAGAACCCUCUGGUGCCCACAUGUACUCCCUUCAGGAUUUUGACCUUACUGAGCUGUGGAUCUGAACAGCAGGAGUGGGACAGAGACCUGAAGCCCCAAGCGAGGUCAGCCCGCUUGUUAGGCCUGCUGCUGCGAAGCCACAUCUACUACAGAAGUUAUCGUUGGCCUCUGCUGCUUGACCCUAGCAACCAGGCCCUUGCCUGGCUGAACCCACUACCUCAGAAACAGAACAUGUUGUUGGCACCACCUAAAGAGAGCAGAGCAAAGUACCAUAUGACAAACCAAGACAGGGAGGAUGAAACAGAAGACGAAGGUGAUGAUGAAGAAGAAGACAAAGAAGAAGAAGAGGAUAGAAACAAGGCCAAUGGCCAAACAAAAGAGCAGAAGACAGAGGAAAACAAGAGUGAAGAGGGGAAAGAGAAGGAGGAGCAAGAAGCAGAGAAAGAAAAGAAUGAGAUAGAGAGUUUGAACUCAAGUACACCAUCUGAGACUCAGUCUCCACCUCCCUGCCUUACUGUCCUCUCGGGUGCUGACCCGGAGUUGGGGCCUCAGCUCCUGGAGGCGGCUUCCAAUGGCCUGCCUGUGCUCUUGACAAAUAUGGAGCUGAGCCUAAGUUGCCAAGAACUUCGUUGGCUGCUAUCGAGGGAGGAUCUGAGUCCACCCCAUGUGCAACCUGGCUUUUGUCUCUAUCUGAGCACGACCCUUCCAAUCCAUGCUUUGGAACGAGUACUAGGUUGUGAAUUGCUGAAAGGAUUGAAUGUUCUGGAUCUGGGCCUGAACAUGGAAAUACUAGAAGAACAGAUGCUGCACGAAAUCCUGUGUAGAGAGCGUCCAGAGCUUGAGACCCGCUGGCAGGACCUCAAAAUCAGAGCAGUGGAUACCUAUGAAGCUGUGAUGGCUGCUGAGGUGCUUGGGGGCCCAGUCUGUGGGGUGGCUAAAAACAUGGGGAAAGUUCAAGUACAGAGCUGGAGAGGAUGUUUGGGGACCAUCACAAAGGUCCAGAUCCAUCCAACAAAUUACCACAUGCAGGAACGGUUGUUGGCGAUAUUGCUACUUCAGAACCAAAGGCGUCAGAAACCGUCCAAGUUUCUGAGAGAAAUGGUGAGGACUCAGGCAAAGAUAUGUCAGCUGAAUGCCCAGAUGGAGGAGAUAGAAGAGCAGAAGCUGCAAGAGAUGGUAUUGUGGGCACCCUACCGGCAGGUAGCUUGUCAUGGAAUCGCUGUGGUAGAGGCCCUAAGCUCACUACAGAAACUGCUGCCAUUUUUCUGUAUGAAUUUAGAAAACUGGUUAACAGUCACCAGGAGGGCUCUAGACAGCAUGAAACCACAUGAUAGUCACCACGGAGAGGACUUGCCCAGCCAUCUGCUCCAACUGAAAAUCCACCUAACCCGCCAGCUGCUGAGCAGCACCGUGGCUGCCCUAGGUUUGACCCAAGCACCCUUGGUGGGUGCUCUGGGUGCUAUUGCCCUGCUGCAAGUGACAAAGAAGACACCAAAGCUAGAGAGGUUGGCGCUGUGGCCUGGACUGUCAGCCUCUCCCAGCACAGGCCAUAACACACAGGGCCCUGGUAUGGCUAGGCCAGCCUGGUUAGGCUUAAGAGCCUGGCAAGAAUGUGGGGCACUGGAGCUGCUGUCCCCAUUUGCUGGGCUUCGUGCAUCCCUGGCAGGCCACUCCAGUGUGUGGCAGGAUUACCUGUCACUAUCAUCCACCGUGCUGGGUCCUGCACCUGGUCCUAAUUCUGAACCACUUAGCCUCUUCCAGAAGCUGAUACUGUGGCGUGUACUGCGACCAGAUUGCCUGGCAGCUGCCCUAACAGACCUCACCACCAGCCUACUAGGUCGGCCCCUAGAUGAAGACCUGGGUGCCCCUACCAUGAUAUUUGAACACAGUCAGGCUACUCAGCCCAUACUGAUCUUGCUGCCACCAUCUGGCCAUUCUAUAGCCACUUUGCAUCCUGUGACUGUCAUCCGGAAACUAGCUGCCAACCAUGAGACACAGAAGCAUCUGCAUGUCAUCGCACUAGGCUCUGAAGAUUGGGAUCCUGUCUCAACUAUAGUCAACACUCUAUGCCAGGCUAUGCUCCAGGGGCACUGGCUGGUGCUGGAUAACUGUCAUUUGAUGCCUCGUUGGCCAAGAGAACUGCUACAGCCCUUGCUGGGACUGCUGGAUGGAGCCAAGGUGGUCUCAGACUCGGAACUGUUAGCUGAACCAGAAAACAGGGGUGUGGCCACUGUCCACAGAGAUUUCCGUCUUUGGCUGAUUGUAUCUACUGAAGCCAGUGCUUCCUUGCCAGGGGUGCUGAUUCAGCACUCCAUGACUGUUUUCUGGGACCAGUCCUUAGAACUACGCCGUAUCUUGAUCGACAGUGUGGAUUUGCAGCAAGGACUCUGCAUGCAACCCUUCAGUCAGACACUGCCUUUGUUCCUCCUGCAUGGUCUCCUACUACACCGACAGCUCUAUGGGAUAAAGCUGCAAGCACACAGGGGGCGCUGGAGUCAAGUAACCUUGACCAAGAUUCUUCAGAUCCAAGAGCAUCUAUGGGCCAGUCUCAGUAACCCCGGUGCUGCCUUGCUGGAGCUGGCUGCCUCAGUUUUCUAUGGAGGUUCUUUGAGGGACCCAGGAGACAGAGAGGCCCUGAUUAGCCUGACACGAACCUGCCUGGAUCCCAAGAGCAUGAGCUGGGUCCAGCCACACACACCUCAGUAUCUGCUGGCCACUCUGAUGCCUGGUCCAGAGCUAGGGGAACUAGAUGCCAGGACAGAGUGCAAGGCCCGGAUGCACCUACUGCCCACACCAGCUGAACCUCGUGUCUGCGGACUGAAUGAAGGGCCUAAGUCCUGGCUAUUGAGACGCCAGAGUCGUGCUCUCCUGAGCGUGCUACAGCAGUGUUCACCCACAUGGGUUCCUUCAGCUUGUGGAGGAAUCAACCAGCGUAAAGAAAGGCGACUUCGGCAACGCCUGGUGCAAGCCAAGAAGAGGCUGGUGGCCCUUCAGGCUUUGCUAUCCAACCGUAAUCGCUCAGGCCAGUGUAUCACCCCAUGGGCGGUGCUGGGGCCCAAUGCUCACAGGCCUCUGGAGGGCUUCUUAGAGACAGAGGUGCUGGAACUGAAGCAGCUGGUGUGCAUAGUGCAGCGUGACCUUGACUGUUUACUGCAGCAGCUGAAGGGUGAGACCCCGUGUACCUCCAGUCGCUGUGCUGCAGUGGCCCAUGCUCUUUGGGCAGGACGCCUACCUCGGCCUUGGAGAUCUCAUGCACCUGCUGGGCCACAGCUACCUUGGCAAUGGCUGCGACAAAUGUCCCGCCGUGGGCACCUAUUGAUUCGCUACCUGGACAGUGGCACAAGCGAAAAUGCCAAUGAACCAGAGCGCAUAUUUCACCUGUCAGCUUUUCGCCACCCUCGUCGUCUGUUCUUGGCAUUGCGUUGGGAGGCGGUCUUGGAGUCCAGGGUGCCAAGCCCCAAUCUUCCUGGUAUCCAAGGCUCUGGCUCCAGCAGUCUCCCACCUAAACGUCAGGAGCUGAACAACCACCCUCUGCAUAUCUGGGUAUCUUGGCAUCAUCCUUUCUGCUCCCCAUUCCACCUCAAAGUGGAGAAUGGCCCAAAUCCCAAGGUUCCUGAGAUGGGAUUGUUGCUGAUCGGGUUACAGCUUCAUCAUGCAGAGUGGGACCAGAUGGAUGGGGCCUUGCAGGACAGCUUUUCCAGCCAACCUAGCCUUUUGCCUCCUGUCAGCGUCAGCACACAAGCCCGUGGUGCCAAUAACACACCAAUCUCAGCUGGCCUAGGCGUGUACUACUGUCCCGUAUACAUGACUGGGCCCCUUGGCACCACUAAGCUUCACAGUAAGAACAUCCUGAUGCACCUGCCACUACCCACGAAGCUCAGCCUUGACACCUGUAUCCAACGGAGGGUCCAUGUGUGCAGCCCAGCCUUAACGUGAGCUGGAGUGGUGUCAAGAACGAUGGAGUAUGCAGAGUACAAAAUGCGGCACACAGAGGGAAAAGGAUGCUAUUGAUAGAGGAAGAAGUGGGGCAAAAUCUGGGUACUCUUUGGGUACAGGCAUCUGCUGUUAGUUAUGUUCACAAAGAAUAACCUAGCAAUGGCUAACUCAGAAUUCUGACUCUGCUUAGCUUUCUACUGUGGUCUCAGCACUUGCAUUAUAUAUCCAGUGGGUGGUUUUGAAUGGAGAACAUUAUUUGAAAGUUGCUUAAAGCAUUUAGCAGCAUUAUUGGAAGGCCCGCUUCUGCCCUACAACAUUCUCUGAAUGAGUCAUAUUCCCAAAACAAAGGCCACAUGAGACUCAGGACCCCUCACUCAUUCAACAAUAACCAGCUGAGCAAGCACUCCUCCAUAUGAAGUGUUCUUUCAGACACUGAUGAGGCUGUUCAGCACAAAUUUCCUGUUUUCCUUGGAAAUCUAUUUCCUGUCCCAUGGAAGUUCCAGGAACGUGUUAGACCCUUCAAAAGCACCCUCCCAAGGGGCCUCCUUCUAGGCCAUACCCUUUAAUGGUCCAUUCAGUCAUUGUUGAAAUUAGGACCUUGAUUAUCCAGUCAGCCUCUGAUAGUGCCACUAUGAAGGGAACAAGCCUUCUGUGCAUACACCUAUUUGCAGGAUACAUCAUAUCCACACAAUGGGACCUCAAAGGGUAUUUUUCUUAUAAUGCAAAGCACACAUUCCACCAACACCCUCUCUGUUUGAGACAGGGUCUUGCUAUGUUCCAGCCUGACCUCAAACAUUUUCUUUUUUGUUUCAAGACAGCAUUUCUCUGUGUAGCCUGACUGUGCUGGAACUUGCACCGUAGACCCAGCAGC